AUGUUUGGCACGUCGGCUGGCUUCAUCUGCCUCAAAAUCUUCAGCAGCUUUGUCAAGUGCUGGUGGGGUAUUCGGGAACGAACUGCCCAGGUUCGCAGCAGGUCGCGUGCGGUCACAUCCACCCCAGUUGGGAAGGACAUCGGACGCUCUUCAAAAGAACUGUGCCACUGUUCAGUCGUCGAGGUCGAUGUGUCCUCCGAAGAGGACGUUGGGGCGUCUCUUGACAGCAACGAUUCAUCUUCUACAUCCUUCCCGAUUGGCCUCUGGGAUGACCACGUAGAUCAAAUAUUUGGUGCCUACGAGGAGCACCUGUCUGUCAGGAUCCACCAUCUGAGCCAAGGUGUAGGGACUAGCAAUUGUUUCGGCGUGCCGAGCACCGGUCGUCGAGGCUGA